GCUAAACUACACACAAAUGCAAGUAUUGUUGCGUCGCACAUUACCACAGCAGCUACAGCAGUCACCACAAAUAACACCUCCCCAACCGCCAGAGUCGGACAGUGUAUCAAUAACAUUAGCAACAAUUAUUAUAAGAACAACAAUAAUAACAACAUUAAUACUAAUAAUAAAACCACCGUUACAUCCACACAACCCCUACUUAGUAACAGUCAACAAAAUUCGACGCUUAUAAACCAACAAAACUCAAUUGGGCAAAAUGUUGGCGGCGGUGGUGCUAAUAAUGUUGCAAAGCAUAUAAAUACGGUAACUGGCUUAGGGCCCACAAUGCAACAGCAAUUUAAUACGAAUGCUAAAAAUAACCACACACAACUGUUGUCACAACAGCCACAACAACAACAACAACAACUGUCAGCGAAUACGCUACAACAAACGCCGCAGCAGCAACGGCAUCAACAAACCCACCCACCGCCACCACGUCAAUCACACUCUUACCCUUACAACAACAACAAUAAUAAUAAUAAUAGCAGCAAUAAUAUUAAUCUUAACAUAAGCAAUGUUGCGCCCAAUAUGUCCGGCAACAAUAUAUUGAAACCACAACAACAACAACAAACAUAUGCGGCAAUAACGUCAACACAACAACGUCUUAACGGUGCACUGACGACAACAGCCAGUGCUACACCGAAGUCGCUCACACAGCCACUACAUAAACAACAACAACAGCAGCAACAGCACCAUACAACGGCUCUAGCCAACAAUAAUAGUAAAAUUGUUGGUCCAGCUAUGUCAACGACUAAUAUGUUCUUUGUAAGGCCAACAAAUCCAGCUCCAUCACAACCAUUACACAUUGGUGAAUUGCAACCUUUCGUACCGGUGCAGCUCUUUUAAAUUUUACACAACUCAGCUAAGUCUGCAAGAAAAGCGAAGAAAAAAAGAAGCGGAAGAAAUAAAACGCUUCUGCGGCAACGGCAACACAGAAAAACAUAAAAAGGCAUAAUUUAUCUUUACAUUUAUAAAAAAUUGCUUGAAUUGGAUUGCUAAAAAAAACAAAUGUGUAGAUAAACUUACAUACAGACAAACUUGCAUUAAUUUACAGAAAACAGAAAAUGUUCCAGUGAUUAACAAUGUGAAAUUCAGCAUUGCAGUGAACAGCGAUUUAAAUAAGUAAUAACAAGUAAAUAUAGAUUUCUAUGUUUAAAUCAACGAAAUAGGGAAAAGAACGACAAAAACAAAACCACAAAACAAAAUAAUCUAAAACAUGAUAUAAAAAUAAAAUACAAACAUGACGUUAAAUCAAGCCCACUUACAUACAUAAACACAUACAUACAAUGUAUUUACUUACAAACAUUUACAUAUAUGCCUGUGGGCUAAUGUUUAAGACGCAUAUUAUUUAUAAAAGUAAGCUCUUAUCUAAAAAAAUAAUGAUAUUUAUAUAUUUAUAUUCUUAAUGAAACUAAUAGCAAGAAAAUACAAUAGGAUAAACAUUUAAACAAAGCGAAACAAAAAGAAAAGCUAAUGGCAAAUACCAGAAGAGCUGAACUUAUCGAUAAAGUAGAGCGCUUACAAAGGGAGAAGAAUCAAAGAUGACAUGAAACAUGCAAACAGAAUUACUUUCAACAAUUUUA